AUGGGCUCACCGAUAGCGCCAGUGGUGGCGAAUAUAUUCAUGGAACAUUUCGAGAAGGAAGCGUUGAACAGUGCCCCAAUCAAACCUAGAUACUGGUUAAGAUACGUAGACGAUGUGUUUGCUAUAGUUUCCAGACGGGGCGUAGACCUACUACUGGACCACCUUAACAAAAUACAUCCUAGGAUACAGUUUACGACGGAGGAAGAAAAAGACGGAACCCUUCCUUUCUUAGAUGUAUUGGUGAAGCGUGAACCAAGUGGUAACCUAGUGCAUACGGUAUACAGGAAACCGACACAUACCGAUCGAUACCUAAGGGCGGAUUCCCACCAUCAUCCGUCGCACCUAUCGUCUGUGCCACGCACCCUUAUAAAUCGUGCACUUCGCCUAUGCGAUCCUCAGUUCUUGAAGUCUGAACUGACACAUGUAAGGCAAGUGUUACAGUGCAACGGGUAUAAAUGGAAACCAAGCUUAAGACUAGCAAACACGAGUAGUAAGACACGGCCUCAGUUGGCGGAGCGCGCACCGGCAUAUCUACCAUAUAUGCGAGGGGUAACGGACAAAAUUGGACACUUGUUACGCCGCAAAUAUGCCAUCAAGACAAUUUUCCGACCCCUUACGCAAAUAAGGAGUAUCUUACGUUCGCCGAAAGAUCGCACACCCCUAGAGGGCCCGGGCGUCUACGAAAUUCCCUGUGACUGCGGCAAGAGUUACAUUGGCGAAACGGGGCGUAAUAUCAACACCAGGCUCUUAGAGCACAUCCGUUGCAUGCGUAAACUGGAUAGUAACACGUCGGCGGUGGCAGAGCACGCCCUUACCUCCAACACAUCUCAUUAUAUUAGGUUUGAUCGAGUGAGAGUCUUGGCCCGGGACAAAAACUACGUGUCACGGAAGUUACUCGAAGCCAUCGAAAUCGGACGUCGACCUAACUUUAAUAGAGAUAAGGGAUGGUCUCUUUCUCCGUCUUGGAAACCCGUGUUAUCAAUACCGGAGCAGAAGAACAACGAUGAUGAAUACAUGACUGACAUUGAUUUAGUCAAGAAACCAUAA